GCAUUGCGACUACUCCUGUCCUUAUUUUCCACCAACAAACUUGUAUUAAUAACUGGACUGAAGUUCACACCAGAAGUUUCGCCGCGCUUGACUUGCUGGGAUAUCAUCAGCAACGUAACUGCUGACUAUACGCCCUGCACGGGCCUCGGCCCAGGCCCGCACGCAAGUUUUGGCGCAGGCGACCUAUUGAAGCGGUUCGCUCGCUAUGGGCUGUGUCGGUUCGAAGGAGGAUGCUGCGGAUGUUGCAAAGGCCCCUCCCAGGGCCGAAGCCGGUAAUGGCAAUGGACAUGUAGAUGCUGUAAAAGCUCAAGCAGCCGCGGCACAGCCGGCCCCUGCUGCCGCGCCAGCCCCAGCCCUGCUGGUCGAAGCCCCUCCACCGGCCCCGCCUGCAGCUCAAGCCGCUCCCGCAGUGCCAACGCCCCAACCCUUGUACAACGGGCCAGAUCAAGGGUUGCCUGCACCGCGGCAAGCACCUCCACCGGCCCCGCAAGGUGCUGCGCCUCCUCCUCAUCAUGGACCACCAAGGCGGGAGCGUUCAGAGUUAAAGAAGCGGCAGGGGACGGAAUAUGAGGAGGAUUCGGACUGGGACCAGUGCUCCACAGCAAACUUCAACGUUGACGAGGAUGCGCAGGCCAAAGAUUGCGAGGUGCCAGCGGUCGGGGCAAGCGUCAUGGAGAAGGCGCUGCACAAUUCGCUAUUUGCUCAGGAGAAGCACGUGCCCGGGCCGGACAACGUGUACAAGGAGACGACGACGCUGCGCAUAGACAAAGUGAAAGGGUGCAUGUUUGUGAACCAGUACCUGGUGGUCCGUUUCCUUGGUCGCGGCGCGUGCGGCAAGGUGUUCCUGUGCCUGAACACGUACGACCUGCGGCUGUACGCGAUGAAGGCGGUGCGCAAGGUGGACCUGGAGAGCUCGCAGCCGCCGCAGCAGGGCGCCAAAAAGCGCAACCCCAUGGAGGACCUGAAGCGCGAAAUCAUGAUCAUGAAGAAGAUGAAGCACACCAACAUCGUGACGCUGAGCGAGGUGAUUGACGACCCCGCCGGCUCCAAGCUGCUGCUGGUGAUGGAGUACAUGGAGGGCGGGCCGGUGCUGACGCGCGAGGCGCUGGAGAAGCGGGAGCGGCUGCCGGAGAGCCUGGCGCUGCAGUACUUCCGGGACAUGAUCAAGGCUCUGGACUACCUACACGGCAACAAGGUGGUGCACGGCGACCUGAAGCCGGAGAACGUGCUCAUGGCCGCCAGCGGGGAGGUGAAGUUGUCCGACUUCGGCUGCUCCAAGGUGUUCGCCACCGGCAACGAGUACCUGGAGCGCUGCAACGGCACACCCGCCUUCCUGGCACCGGAGAUGAUGAAGCCCAACACGCGCUACCGCGGCCGGCCCACGGACGUGUACGCGCUGGGCGCCUGCCUGUACACGCUGCUGUUCGGGCGGAUCCCCUUCUCCGCGCCCAACCUGUACAAGCUGUUCCAGGUGGUGCAGAACGAGCCGGUCAAGUACCCGCCGGACGUGCCCAUCACCGAGGAGCUGAAGGACCUGCUGGCGCGCAUGCUCACCAAGAACCCUCGCGAGCGCAUCGGCAUGUCGGAGCUGAUGCGCCACCCCUGGCUCACCAUGAACAACCGCUUCCCGCUCAAGCCCUACCGCGAGCUGCGCGAGGGCGAGAGCCAGGAGAUGCACAACGGCGUGAUGGGCGGCCUGACGUUUGCGGAGGCCAACCCCAAGCCCGACUUCCUCACGGGCCUGGCCAACGUGAGCCGCCACGAGCGCGUGUUCCAGGAGGGCGACAUCAUCAUGCGCCAGGGAGACCAGGGCACCUACCUGUUGUACGUGGUCAGCGGCACCGUGGACAUCCUGGUCAAGUGGGUCACCAUGCCGCGCCGCACCAACAGCGCGCAGGUGGCGCAGGGGCAGCAGGGCGUGCCGGGCGCCAAGCCCGCCGCCAAGCCGGGCGCGGGCGUGGACGAGAUGAUGGAGGACAGCGACACCAUGUCGCCCAUUGUGGACGAGGAGAGCCGCCAGCACCGCGUCAACCUCAUGCGCGCCAGCCAGAAGGCGGGAGAGUUCGUGCGCUCGCUGCAGGCCAAUGCGGGCACCACGCGAGACCUGCUCAUUGCCCAGCGCGGCCCCGGCGAGCUGGUGGGCGAGAUGGCGCUGUUCAGCAAGAGCCUGCUGCGCACCGCCACCGUCCGCUGCGCCACCAAGGUGGUCACGCGCGUCAUCACGCACGAGCAGCUGGUGGAGUACGUGAUGGCCAACCCGCUGGCCAAGCACCAGGUGCGCGAGGUGAUCCUGAAGAAGGAGAGCGAGAUCACUAUGGUGGAGGCGCUGGUGAAGCUCACCAACGUGCAGGACGUGAUCACGGCCUCGCUGGAGCAGGCGCCGCAGUUUUAAGCCAAUGGGAGCUGCUCCGAGCCGUUGCAGCCGUCAGCGUUUAGACAUGCGUGAGCUAACGUUUAAGCAUCGAACUGGGGUGCCGCAGUGGCGCCUGCAGCCAACGAACGAGGGGGUGGAUCUGUCCACACGAUUCCAGUACAGGGUUCAACAAAGUCUCGCCGCCGACUUGGCUUAUUCAUCACCCGCCGAGACACCGGGCCAUUGCUGACGACGGGCACAUCAGCCUGCUUCGCAGCCUGGCUCCAGACGCGGGUUGUGUCGCAGCAACGCACGAGGUGGGUGUAGGAGAUUUCCAGAAGCGCCGGUGUGGCAGGCACAGCGUGCCGUCAAGAGGCGCACGAACGGGCGGGAACAAUCGGCAGGGUGGGGCAGAAGUUGUGACAUCAUUGGGCAUUGAGACGCCGGAGAGAUGACUAUAACUUUUUUUUGGAGGGGUUAUACUUGUGUAGGGGUACCACUGUGACGUCCGUGGCGUGACUUGUGCUGAGUCCACUGGAGGGCCGCCGGUGCGCGGCGAUUGCCCACUUCAUGAGUACAGCGUUGUAGCGUUGUGGAACGCUUUUGUGGCCCGGGUCUGUGUGGACGUGUCUGUGUCUCUGCCAGUUGCCUCACAGCAAAUGAGUUAGCUGUCGGCAUUGCAAAUAGUAGUAUGGAACACUGAAAUGCUGUGCGUGUGGUACACGCGGGGUGCAAAUUGUAGAAAUUUCGCUCUUGUAGCAGGAAGUAGGGCUAUCUAUGACCGCAGUCUGCGCAUGCACCUUACGGACCGGUGUUGGCCCUUUGAUACUGGGCGAAGCACGAAAACGUUAUGGGCGUCGGCACCCUUAUGUUGUGAGUGCAGCAGUGUUAGGGCUUUUCCAACUGCUGUCAAUAAAAUUCGAACGGUUGUCCAUGCUGACGUGCGCCUUAAGAAUGCACGAGCGCGCGCGAAACCAACGCCCCACGUGUGGCAGGGCUCUGAUUUGUUGACUUCGAGGUGUGGGAGGCCACUGGAGCCCGUGGGUGGUCUGCGAACAAGAGGAGUUCAGAGCAUGCAAGAUGGUGCAAGGGCGAGGGGCGCCCUAUCGCAGCAAACCGGUGAUGAUUUGAGCCGCAUAACCAGAACGCAAGUGAGGAGCAGUGGCGUUCUUGUUUACACUGUAACGUCCUCAUA